AUGGACGCGAACCAAGUCCCCAUUGCGGACCGAUCGGAGGGGUCUUCCAAGCCCAUGCGAAAGGGAACACGCAGCUGCGUGACGUGCCCGGUUGCUGAGGAGAUUGGUUCGAGCUCCGCCGCCGUCAACACUGGCCGAUCGCCUUUGUCUGAGAAGGGGAGGGCCCGCGCAGCAACAGGGGGCGAGGUCGGGUCUGCAGAGCAACUUCCCCGUUAUGUUAUCGAACUUCGACGAUUGCGCACCAGGGUUUCGAGAUUAUCAUCAUGGAAACGUGGUCCGAGAGCACACGAGCAGCUCAAACAGGCCAAUGGUUCCGCGGAUAACAAACCCGGCGAUGAUGAGUCUAUGGACAGCGAAUGUGCACCCCUUCUGAGGUUAUUUGACAGCACCACUUUUAGCAGAUCUGGUGGAUCUCGCAUGGGUGCAAAUGUACAGACGGAAUCCUCGACCCUCCACCAACCGAUUAGGCAUGCUGAAGCGAUUAAAAACCUCUGUGCAGCAAUUCCUUCUGAAUCUGAGAUGAGAGACAUUUUGCAGCACAGAAGCGAUUGGUGGACUGGAUGGCGAGAGUCCUUGGCGCUGAGUUGGGGUGAUGAAGAAGACACUACCUUGGAGAGUUUCGCUGCACGUGCCUUUUCUUCGGGACAUCCUUCGCUGCUGGCAAACCUGCUCAUUUGCUUCUCGAUCAGUGCGGACGACCAGUCAAAAUACCUCCCGUUGGUUGAAAGAUGGAUCCUCUACGACGAUGAGCUUGCUGGUUGCGAUGCAGGCUUGCAAUGCCUCAUGGGCCUCGGUUUGAUCCUUCUGAGCGUCAUGCAGCCACGUCGCGCCUGGAAUGUCUUUCGAAGGGCCAACGCGUUGCUUCAGCUCAGUGGAAUCCACCGCACAAGAAACAGAUCUGAGAGAACCGAGUCACUGUUCUGGCAGAUAUUCCACGCGGACCGGUGGGCAAGUCUGAUUGUUGGUCUACCGUACUCGGUUCCUGAACGUCUCUGCAACUUGGAAAUUCCUCCGAUUAAUGCCUUGUCGCCAGCGACAUUCCAUUAUCGACACUUUGCCAUAUUGACCGGCCGGGUUAUCGACUGCCUGCAAGACGUCAACGGAUGGUCUCUGUCCACAGUCAUCCAGGUACAAGAGCAGAUGGAUAGCAUCACGGCACAACUCCCAAGUGGCUAUCUGGACUUGUCUCAGAUCUCAAUCUGCGCCAACAGUACAGAAAGGUACACCCGCCUGAUGCGCGUGGCACACGUCAACCAGCUCAAAUCCCUCCUCCAUCUCCCGCUCUUCCUACAGCGCACUGAGAACAAUGACGUGCACGAGUACAGCCGGAAGGUCUGCGUGAGCGGCUCACGAGUACUGCUGGAAGCGUACUUGCAAGUCCAUGCUGGAUCGCUUUUCCCGAACGGUGUCACUGCGAACCUAGAAUCCUUUUCUGCUUUCACUUCUGCAAUUAUACUGUUUCUCAAUCUUCUCGGCAACCGGCAACGUGAAAUAUCAGACCGGAGCUCGGCCUGUCAUGACGAGUACCUCAUCCAAAAUACCAUGGCGGCCAUCAGGGAUUGCUCAACAGCGCCAUCCGCUCUGUUAUGCCGUCAAUGCUACAACUCACUGGAAACAUUAGUAGCCAGUAGUCGAGAACUGGCAGGAGGGGAUGUUCGUAAUGUUGUUUUGCCGUUCUUUGGCACAGUGUCGAUCAGCCGCCGUGAGCUGAUUGAUGAACAUGAGAACACUGUCAAUGGCGCUGUCGCUGCUUGUGACAGCAACAACGGUCUACCGGACAGCGGUGCGGGCCGCAUUGACCUCGAGAAAAGUCCUUACGACAAUUCGUUGGAAGACUCGAUGUUUGGGCCUUUGGAUGACAUUUCGUUGAUGUGCUACGAGCCUUGGUCGUUUGACUACGCUGCGUCAUUCUUUGAUGAGAGUGGCUUGGAGGGCGUUUUGUUCGACAAAGAAGAAGGGAGGGGAGUGUACGAGACAAGUCGAAACUUGGACUGA